GCCAAAUCCACACCACUCGAGAGAGUGAUAUUGAUAUCACUUGCUCCGCAGCAACAGCAACCAUCUGUAGUAUCUCCCAAAGUAUCUCCCUCCCUCUCUCCCUCCCUCCCUCCCUCCCACACUAGGUACUAGUACAGGUGCUCGUGGACUGUCUUGCCUCCAAUGAUUACUUAUUGUCCGCAGGGAAUCGGCGUGUGGAUUGUGUUCGCUUAAGCUGGUGGGAGGCUACUGCUCCUCUUCCUCCUCCUCAAGGUGAAGUGUGUUUGGGGAAUGUCGAAUCAUUUGUUCCGUGACAGAUCAUAGGGGAAGGGAAUUCGAACAAGGUGCUUGACGACGCUGUCGAAAAUACAUGGGAACGUGUGGAAUUGUGGAGUUGAACUUGGGGCGGGGCAAGUGGAGCUAGGAAUCGAGCUCUCAUGACUAAAAAUUCUUCGCCAACUACCACCGGCACUUGUAUAUCCUUGUAAAUUCUCUCAAGCAAUUCGACUGUCCGACUACUAGUUCUUCACAAUGGCAACGGCAUUGGCGAAUCCAGGAGUAUUGGGCAGUGAAUUUCUCUCUUCUCGCAGUGGGGAAUCUCUUUCCUCAAAGCAUAAAUCUUCUUUAGUGAACCUGAAUUCCCGAACAUCCGGCUUCACCAUAACAAGCCGAUCCGCAGCAUUCCUAUGCGUUGCAUUUGCCGGGAACCCCGGAAGUCAGGGCGGUGCACAAGGGUCCAACCACUCGGCUAGGGAAAUUAAGAAGAAAACACCUUACUCCAAGAGAAGACAGAGGUCUUUGAAAAGCAAAAAAAAUGUGGCGGCAGCUCACACGGGAGCCGGAGUAGCUAGUGACAUUUCGAAGAACGAUCUCCGAGCUCUGAUUUCCAACUCUCUUGUCCCAGUCUUUUUCGACGAAGUGGAGACUUCAGGAGAGCCAGAAAUCUCUCAAGUGUCGUCAGAGAACGAUCAGAAUGCAGUGUUGCAAUCAGAUAAUGCUGGAUUCAGUAAUCCACUCGGGAGAAAAGUCCUGGGCAAAGCAGUAAUCAAUUGGUUGAAGGAAGGCGUCACUGCCAUGGUGAGAGAAGUUGCAUGUGCCCAGGAAAGAGGUGAAAUCAAGCUGGCAGAGGAGCGCAUGGGGACAGGCCAUAACCUCGUUGCACUUGCGCAGCCAUACUUGAUUGCUAGACCCAUGCCUGAGGGCCUUGAACCAUUGUGUUUAAGAGCAAGCCUUCACUAUCCGACCAUCUUCGAUCAUUACCAGCGGGAAUUACGAGCUGCUUUGCAAGCCUCUCAGGAGAGAGGAAAGCUAGAUAACUGGCAGAACACUGAGUCUUGGAAGCUCCUAAAGAAGUUCGCAAAGUCUGGUGAACAUCGUGCAGUCGCUAGGAAAGUGAAAGAUCCCAACCAAAUUCACAACAUAUUAGGACUAUCUCAAGAACGGGUUGCUGAGAUACAGUCAAAUGUGGACUCAUUCGUGACCCGAGGUCUCGAACUUUUACAAAUUGAGAGAGAUGCCGAAUUAGAAGCUACGCAUCAAUCUCUCGAAGGAGCUGCUUCUGCGAUUGGCAGUGCUCCAACCUCUUCUGGAAUUGCGCCGAGAGACAAGAGAGAUGAGCAAGCACUUGAAAGUUGUGAUUCUAUCACCAAUUUGAUAGCUACAGGCUCUACUACAGGUUUGGGAGGCAUGCAUUUAGUUACUUUGUCAGUGGAAGGGAAAGGACAUCUGCCCCCCACGACAAUUUCUCCCGGUGACAUGGUAUGUGUUCGCAUAUCUGACAGGAGGAGAGGGGGGUCAACUAUGGAAUGUAUGCGGGGCUCAGUUUACAGUUUAGCAGAGGACAACAACAGCAUCGCGAUUGCCAUUGAGGCUCGUUAUGGAGAUCCCACCUUCUCUCGGUUAUUCGGAAAAUCGUUACGCCUGGACCGCAUCAGUGCUCUUGCUGACGCUACUACAUAUCAGCGUGACUGCGAAGCAUUGGAGCGACUUCAAAAAAAUGGGCUAAAAAGACAGAAUCCAGCCGCAGCAGUAGUAGCUACUCUGUUUGGCGAAGGUCCAGAUAUAUGUUGGCUGGCUCAAAAUGGACCUCUACGGCCUGCUUCGCCUGUUCAGCAAUCCUCGUUGAAGGAAGUUCGUUUAGAUGAGUCUCAGAAACGAGCAAUUGAGAUGGGGCUAGAUAGGAAAAGACCUGUAGUUGUGAUUCAAGGACCUCCAGGUACUGGAAAAACUAGUGUAGUCACAGAACUCAUAGAGAAGGCAGUGAUGCGUGGAGAGCGGGUACUCGCAACAGCUCCCACAAAUGCAGCUGUGGAUAAUAUUGUUGAAAGGCUCGCAAACGCAGGCCUAAAUGUUGUUCGAGUUGGAAAUCCUGCCAGGGUAGCUCCAGCAGUCUGUUCACGUUCUUUGAGUUUUAUUGUAGAUAAGAGUCUGACAACAUUUCGUGGAGACCUGGUUAGGAGGCGUGCCAACUUGCGUAGCGAUCUGCGGGAGUGCCUCGAUAAUGACUCAGUAGCUGCUGGAAUCAGACAAGUGCUGAAGCAGCUAGGCAAGUCCCUAAAACAAAAAGAAAAAGAGGCUAUCAAUGAUGCGUUGUCAUCUGCACAGGUUAUUCUUUGCACCAAUACGGGAGCUGGUGAUCCCUUGAUUCGCAAACAAGAAGCAUUUGAUCUUGUGGUGGUGGAUGAAGCAGCCCAAGCAAUAGAGCCUUCUUGCUGGAUUCCUCUACUACAGGGCAGACGUUGUGUUUUAGCUGGCGAUGCUUCUCAACUUGCACCCACAAUCAUGUCACGGACGGCCCUUGAUGGUGGUCUAGGUGUCUCUCUAAUGGAACGAGCUGGGAAUCUGCAUAGUGGCCUGCUGAGCACCAUGUUGAGCACGCAGUAUCGUAUGCAUAGUGCAAUUGCCGAUUGGGCGUCACACGAGAUGUAUGGCGGCAGCUUACGCUCUGCUCCGGCUGUAGCAUCACACCUUCUCCGGGACACCCCAGGAGUGAAGGAUACUCCCGUUACGAAGGUGCCUAUGUUGCUUUUAGAUACUCGGCUACCAUUUGGAAGUCUGAUACCAGGAUGUGAAGAGCGAUUGGAUCCAGCGGGUACUGGGUCGUUUUAUAAUGAAGGCGAGGCGGACAUUGUGGUCGAUCACAUUCGCGCAUUACUGGCGACAGGUGUUGAACCUUCUUCAAUUGCCGUACAAUCGCCCUACAUGGCGCAGGUUCAAUUGUUAUGUGAUCGCAUUGAGGAAAUCCCAGGUGCCGAAGGUGUACAAGUUGCGAGUGUAGACAGUUUUCAAGGACGAGAAGCUGACGCUGUAGUUGUAUCCAUGGUGAGGUCGAACAAUAUUGGUGUAGUAGGUUUUCUUGGGGAUAACAGGCGAAUGAAUGUUGCCGUCACGAGGGCUCGAAAGCACGUCACUAUUGUCUGCGACAGCACCACAGUUAGCCGUAAUUCCUUUUUGCAGCGUCUUCUUCAGCACAUUCGUCGGUUUGGAGAGGUUCUCUGCGCUCGCCAAGUACAGACUACUGACCUCUCUAAAAAAGGUUCAUCCUUAGCGAAUUCUGGUUCUCUUUGAGUUUGGAGUUUAAGCAGAGCAUGAGUUGUCCAGUCGCGGAUUUACUUGUCGCAACAAGAAAUUCUGCUUGUUGGGUCUGGUCCUCUUGUUUCCGCACUAGCCAUGUGCGCCAAUUGUUAAGGUGGGAUGGCAAGAAAAGCGUAAGCUUCUAUAUCAUGUUAUAAUUUGAAGACGAACCAAAAACGAAACGAUUUGGUAUCUCAUGGGAGCUGCUGGAUACACGCGUCGUUCUGUCAUCAUAUUCUACCUGGUUGUUGUGGACAGACUCCUAUUUUAGAGUGGGGCUGACAUUACCUCUUCUGGCAAGGCAUCUGGGUAAUUAUAGUUGCAGAAUAAGAGUUCGUCUGCAUGGACCCAGUUGCUAACACCCCAUUUGUGCCCUGUAAAGAACAGUAUUGUAAUUUAGAUUCUUUUACAUUUGAGAUAUUCUCAGCUGUUCAACCGUACGCAAUAGUUUGUGGAAUACUUAACUGAUGAAUUAUAUCGGGUUAAAUGUAAUACUUGUGUAUUAUAUACAAACUCCUUCAAAAUUCUUCCCAUA